AUGGUGUUCCGAGGUGGGAAGGAGGUGCAACGUCAUGACUUUGGCAAGAGGGAUGGCACAGCGGCUAAAUUUGCUGCAUUACGCUGUCCAUUACGCGGGUGCGGACCAUACAUUGGAGACAGUGACGAAGGGAUACCGACUGGUGGCGAUCUACUCGCUGUGCUGACCGUGGAUUUCAAGCGGAAUCUGGAUCAGUCGAUGAGUGAGAAACUUGCGGGGUGCAUUGGCCGUCUCAAACCAGCGGAUGAAGCUGUCUCGUUGCUACUAUCGCACAAAUACACGAUGCAGAGUAUCACUGACUUGGGCACCCGCGCGAUGAAUAGCAUCGAUCGCGCGCGUGUCGACGCCUUGGAGGAAGCCAACGCAAUUCUUCCUGCUGAUAAAAGGCUGCACUUAUACAUCGCAGACUUCAAGCACGACCAUGACAUCAGCUACUACGAUACUGGAGGUGCAUGGGAGGAAAAUGAACGGAACGAGAAGAUCAAGUGGUAUUCUUCUACCGGACAGAGCUACGGGCAAGGCAUGGAAGAGAUCAAGAUGAAUUUUCUGAAUCCUGGACGGGACACGCUGGCUGAGCUUUGGGAAGGACAUGGCAACAGUACGUUUGAGGGGUAUCUUGGCAAUGAAGGAGCGACGAGAAACACGACGUAUUCUCGGUACGCGAUCGCCGCCUGGCCUGCAGUUCGAAGUGUGGAAAAUGCACUGAAGUACAUUGGCACGAAUGCUGCUCUGGGGGCUCUGAAAGCUCAGAAGUCGAUCGAUGCUGCAACACUCCGGUCACUUAUGACGACUGCUGCCAAUUCUGACUUAAUGGACGACGAUGAGUCGUAUGGAUCGUACUCGCUGGGUUACCGGCCGAAGGCUGAGUCUGUCUCGGUCAAAUUUUGCGAAACGCUGUGCGACCUGUUGGUAAAAGUUCGUGAUCCAGCACUGGUGAAUUUGUUCUUCACCAAUUUCCUUGGUCGUCUUGAAGAAAAGGAGGCUGCGCUCCAGUCUAUUGUCAAGAUUAUUCGCGCCUUUAAGUGGAAUGAUAUCGGUAACGGGCUGCUGGGCUCGUUGGAUGAAGACGUUCAAGAGAGAAGCUUUGGCUUUAUGGGUUACGCGCGUGAGGCUAGUGACUCGGGCAUGAAAGUCGCGUUGAACUUGGUUAAUAGCCUCGAUAACGGAGCUGCCCAGCAGGAUCUACUCAAAGCGCCUGUAGAGAAAGCUGUGCAGAUCCGAGAUGAGCGUUUGUGCAGGUCGAAUGUCAUUGGACUGCUGUGGAUGCUGGCUAUCCGCAAAGGUAGUAAGAGCAUCCUCGAGCCACUGGCAAAUAAAGUCAAGAAGAUGGAGCCAGCCGAACUACAACGAUCGAUUGAAAUGCUGUUGCAGCAUCUGGACGGCAUCGCCGCAUCAGAUGAAAGGUUUAUCGUGCUCGCUUCGAUCGUUGCCGUUCGUAUUAAGUGGUUGAAGAACUAUUUGGAGGCUAAUGAGAAGCCUUUCAGCUGGGAGAUGCCGAAAGCUCGGUUUCCAGAGAAUGCCCAAAUCCAGGCCUUCCUCCGCGGCCCGAAUGCAACGGCCACCACCAGAGGAAUCAUGACCUUUAACGGGCUCCCAGACGCUCGAAAGUACGCUACGAAGUGCAUGCGCGCCACCCAGACCCAUGCUUCGUUCACGAUGGAGCCCUGUGGAAGAGGCAAGGAGGCGUCCAUCCAGAAAACACGCAAUUGGUUCUCCCAGUACGAAAACAGUUUGCUGUCGUACAAGGAUGAGCUCAAGGAUCUAAUUGAUCGCUUUGGCGGACGUGAAGGUGGAGGUGGUGCUGAUGGUCCUGCUAUGAAACGAGCUCGCGUUGAGUAG